AUGGCCGACUCGGAAUUUGGAGACGACUCCGAAUAUGGCUCAUCUUCUGUCAGGGCAGUCAUCAUGGACGCGGUCCUCGCGCCGUUCCGCGCGCUGGUAUCCAAGUCCGCUUUACGGCUAUACCUGAACACGCUGCUGUUUAUGGGCGCCGCAUCAUUCCUAAUAGGCAUAUCCGCAAUUGCUUACGGGGUCUUCUAUUUCAAAUUCAUCCCCACAGUCGGACUGCAGCGCGAAGUCCAUCUACAAUUCGGCAAUGGCAACCCCUGGGGCACAGCACAAUUUGACUCUGAGUUCGUGUCUCUCCAACCCUACGAUGUAUCUGUGACGCUCGAGCUUCCACGCACACCCUCAAAUCUCGAUACAGGCAACUUCAUGCUCGACCUCACCCUCUUCUCCUCCCGCCCCGCCUCGUCCCUCCUACCUGGUCCGAAUAAUGCCCCGAUUUCACAGGCUCGCCGCCCUGCUAUCAUGACUUAUGCUUCGCCGCUGGUGGAUGUUGCCCGGAGAGUGGCGCGUAUGCCGCUCUAUGUUGUUGGCUGGCACCGGGAGUCGGAAACACUGGAGGUCCCGAUGAUGGAGCUUCUUGAGUUUGCGAAGGGGGCGCGGAAUCUGCCGCAGAGUCUCCGACUGGAGAUUCAAAGUGACUCGAAGAUGCAGAUCUAUACCGCUCGGGUGGAAUUCCGUGCUAGGCUUACGGGGCUUAGAUGGAUUAUGUAUCGCUGGAGGAUUACUUCUUUUAUUGUUUUUAGCUCUCUGUUCUGGUCUGUCUCCAUGCUCUCUGCUGGUGUGACAUGGCUAGCGAUGACUUGGAUUUUGGGAACUAUACCAAAGGACGAGAUUAAGGGGGAGCCGGAAGACUCCAUCAAAGAAGAUCCUGAGGACCAGGAUACUUCGGAUGAAUCUUCUGAGGUUAAAAAAGAGGAGCCGGAGGAGCAGGAACGGAGGCUACUUUCUAGUUAUCUAGCUGAGGGUGAUGAAGCUAAGACGGCGGAGUCAUUUGACACAAACAGAUUGAAUGUGAAUGGCAUUGUGGAUCGUUUGGGCCGAUUGCGACAACGCAAAGCGGGGGAAACUUUCUUCCCCUCCAUUCUUCACAUCUCAACCACUCCGCCCGCAAUGCAUAUCCUGGUCACCAACGACGACGGUCCUCCGUCAAACCAGUCAUCGCCGUACGUGCAUUCGCUCGUCCACUCCCUCCAGUCCGCUGGUCACACGGUCUCGGUCAUUCUCCCGCACCAGCAGCGAUCAUGGAUUGGUAAAGCGCACAUCGUAGGCGCAUCCGUCAAACCCACCUACUUCCGGCCCGGAACACUCCACCAAGAAGACGGGACAACACACCAUCUGCCUCGGGGCAGUGAUGGUGAACCCGAUGAAGGCGACGAAUGGGUUCUGAUUGACUCGACCCCCGCGAGCUGUGUCCAGAUCGGUCUAUAUCAUUACUUCAAAGAACGUGGCCCUAUCGAUGUCAUUGUGUCAGGUCCGAACUAUGGUCGCAAUACAACCGCACUGUUCGCAUUGUCGAGUGGAACUAUUGGCGCGGCGUUGGAAGGUGCCUGCUGUGGAAAGCGCUCAAUUGCUCUGUCGUAUGCUUUCAGCUCUCGAAACCAUGACCCUGUCAUUAUCGCGGAGGCUGCAGGUCAUUCGGUCAAGGUGAUUGAACAUCUUUGUGCGAACUGGGCAGACGGAGUGCACCUCUAUAGCGUCAAUGUUCCCCUCGAACCCGGUGUUAGUGAGAACAAGGUCUUAUAUACCGAUAUGCUGCAGAAUACGUGGACUGGGAGUUGCUUCCAGGCUGUGGAUCCCACAGCCGCGGACGACCCUGAUUUGCAAGAAAGGCUGCUGCGCGACGGAGGCGAGACGGAAGGAAAGAAACCGGACCAGACUGUCGGCAAUAGCGAGAAGUCACCCUAUGGACCCCGGAUUCAACACAAGCAUUUCAAGUGGGCACCGAGCUUCCAGGACGUUUACCGAAGCGUGGAGGAAAGUGAGCCUGGCAAUGAUGGCUGGACCGUCAAGGAGCAAAUGACUAGCGUCACGCCUCUUAAGGCCAAUUUCAUGCAUGCGCCCGGUAUUUCGGGGGAGAUUAAGCUAUCGGCUAAUCAACCCUCGUUGUACUCCCUCGUCGACUGCGAUGAUUCCUACGUGCAAGAAAUGGUUGACCGGGCAUUGACCCGUCGCCUGGGAAGUGCCUCCAAGCGUGUUUCUUCUGUGUCCGAACUACCGGACUCUUCCGCGCCGCUUUUCCAAUACCGUGAAUAUGAACGCCUCGACUUCGAGCAUAUCAUGUCCAGAUCCUCGACCUCUCUUUCGAGCGCAUACAUCAUCCGGAAAGCUUUGAUUCGCAAGCACUAUCUCUCAAACACAGUGUCCAACUGGAUCUCAAAACACCCAGAUAGCAUCCUACGACACCACUUCAAGCCCGCCUUCGACUUCGAACUCGACUAUGCCGAAUUCCUCGACGACGCCCUGCUAGAAGCAUACGAGCUGAACGACAGCCUAGCUAAGAACGAAGAACGACAAGACUCCGAAAAGGAAUGGUGGAUCCUCAAGCCCGGCAUGAGUGAUCGAGGCCAGGGAAUCCGCAUCUUCAACAGUGAAGACCAGCUACGUGAGAUCUUCGAGGAGUGGGAAGAAGACUCAGACGAUGAGAGCGGAUCCGAGACAAACGCCGACGACGUGGAGGCCAACGCUAGCGCUGCCCUGGACACAGGCAUCGUUACUUCGCAGCUCCGCCACUUCCUCGCACAGCCCUACAUCGACCCUCCCCUCCUCCUCCCUUCGUCUUCGAACCGCAAAUUCCACAUCCGCACCUACGUCCUCGCCUCGGGCUCACUCAAAGUCUACGUCUUCAAGGAGAUGCUCGCGCUCUUCGCUGCCAAGGGCUACUGUGCCCCACACGAAGAGGACGACGUCGCCGACCUCGCACGCCAUCUGACCAACACCUGUUUCCAGGAGGGCGGCAGCUCGAACGAAGGCAGUGUGCGUCGUUUCUGGGACCUCGAUCAUCACGUCCCCGGUCUCAGUGCAGACUGGAAGGAGAAGAUCUUUGAGCAGAUCUGCUCGGUGACGGGUGAGGUGUUUGAAGCUGCGGCCCGGGGAAUGAUGGUUCAUUUCCAGACUCUGCCUAAUGCAUUUGAGCUGUUUGGUGUUGAUUUCCUCGUCGAUGCUAAGGGAGAUGUGUGGCUGCUGGAGCUUAACGCCUACCCCGACUUCGCGCAGACUGGUGAGGACCUGAAGGAGGCUGUUGUUGGGCGCUUGUUUGAGGAGGUGGUUGAUGUUGCUGUCAAGCCAUUCUUUGGUCUGGGUGACGGGGCUGGUACUGAUGACAUGAAACUGGUUGCUGAUAUUGAUCUUGGGAGACAUGCUUAG